AUUUCUGGGGACUGGGAGGCAAAGGGAAGAGAGAAGAAGGGAAGGUCUUUCUGGAGCAGAAUGGAGGGGGCAAGUUCUAAAUUUGGGGGUUCGCCCAAGUCCUUUCAGUUAAUGACUGUGGAAGAGGAGUGGGGUGGGGAGGGAAUGCGCCCCUCCUCUCCUCAGCCCUUCUUUGCCCAGCAGAUCUUCAGGACACAGCCUCGUUAACUCUGUAAGUGCCAUGCUGGGAAGGAUUGGGGCGAGGGGUGGAGGAGAUCCAAGGUGGGGAAAGCCUUCAUUCGCACCUCAAGUAGAGACCGGGACCAGAGUCCCGAUGUCAGCUUGCUCCUACCUGUGUCCCUUGCCUCCUUGCAGGAAGUUUGAGUUUAACCCAAAGCAGGGCAUUGAUAAUCCUGUCCUCUCUCUGGCUGAAGACCUUGACCCCUCCGGUAACCCCCUCGCCCUGGGCAACCAUUCCCUUUCCCCAGAGAUACCACAGCUCUCUCCGGCCUCCCGUCUCCUUGGUAACCACUCCACUCGGCCUCCCUCUGAUAGCAGCCUGGUGGGGAGUUAGGAGGGGUUUGGGUGUUUUCUUUUGUCCAAGCCACUCUUCCCACAUUUGGGUAUUUGGCCCCACUGCCCAAUACUUAACCGGGUAGGAGCCUGCCCAGUGCCCUAUCACAAGGGUAGCGUCUGCCAGGCACAAGGCGACUGGUAUUUGGGCCCCCUCUUCCUCCCCCUUUUCUGUUGCCCACAUCCCCUUCCAGAUCUCUGGAGCCUGGAGCGGCCUCGCUUCUGUCUGCUGAGCAAAGAGGAGGGCAGGAGUUUUGGCUUCCACCUGAGACAGGAUCUGGUCAAGGCUGUGCCUGUGGUGUGCAGGGUGGAGCCAGGCACCUCUGCCCAGCGCCAGGGUCUUCGGGAAGGGGACCGGAUCCUAGGGGUGAACGACCACGUUGUGGAAUGUGAAGACUAUGCUGUGGUGGUGCGCCGUAUCCGGGCCAGCGGUCCGCGGGUGUUGCUGACAGUUUUGGCGCAGCACGUGUAUGACAUGGUUCAAGAUCGGCAGGGGAACAGUGCCCACCUGUCUCCUACUCUCGGCCCAGGGGUCCGGCCCCGACUGUGUCACAUAGUGAAAGAUGAGGGCGGCUUUGGCUUCAGUGUCACCUACAGUUAUCAGGCUCCUUUCUGGUUGGUGCUGAGCACUGGAGGAGCAGCUGAGCGGGCCGGGGUGCCUCCUGGGGCCCGACUGCUAGAAGUGAAUGGGGUCAGCGUGGAGAAGUUCACUUAUAACCAACUCAGCAGGAAGCUCUGGCAGAGUGGAGAGCAAGUGACCCUGCUGGUGGCCGGGCCAGAGGUGGAGGAACAGUGUCGCCAGCUGGGAAUGCCCCUGGCUGCGCCCUUAGCGGAGGGCUGGGCACUGCCCACCAAGCCGCGCUCUCUGCACCUACAGAAGGGGCCCCGGGGCUUUGGGUUCCUGCUUCGGGAGGAGAAAGGUCUUGAUGGCCAACCCGGACAGUUCCUGUGGGAGGUGGACCCAGGACUGCCAGCUGAGAAAGCCGGGAUGCAGGCUGGGGACCGGCUGGUGGCUGUGGCUGGGGAAAGUGUGGAGGGGCUGGGCCACGAGGAGACAGUGUCCAGGAUCCGCGCGCAGGGCUCCUCUGUCUCCCUCACUGUUGUCGACCGUAAGGCUGACCGCUUCUUCAGCAUGGUUCGCUUGUCCCCACUUCUCUUCAUGGAGAGCACAGAGGCUCCUGCCUCUCCCCAGGAAAACUGCUCGGCCUCUCUGGUUGAAACCAAGGACCUACCAGUUGAAGACACAGCCAUGCCUCUUGUCCCGUGUGGCUCCCGCCAGUGCUUCCUGUACCCUGGGCCUGGCGGUGGCUACGGCUUCCGGCUUACCUGUGUGGCCAGUGAGCCUCGUCUCUUCGUCUCCCAGGUGACCCUAGGAGGCUCAGCUGCCCGGGCCGGGCUGCAAACGGGAGAUGUGAUUCUGGAGGUGAAUGGGUAUCCCAUGGGUGGAGAGAAUGACCUGGAAAAGCUUCAGCAGCUGGUUGAGGCUGAGCCACCCCUCUGCCUGAAGCUGGCCGCCAGGUCCUGCCGGGGCUUCGAAGCCUGCGAUCGCCCAGGGUUUGGAGAGGACGGGGCUCUAGCCUCAGAGCUGCUGUAGUCCUCCUCUGCUGGACAAAGAUCUGCCCAUUGGCCUUCCCGUCUUCACUCUCUGGCUUGUGAUGGUAGGAGCUGAGAAGCUCUCUUUAAGCCAGAACUGCAGCUCUAGGAUUCCGGACACCCCCAAUCACAGGAUUGCCCAAGGUCUCCCCGCCUUCCUCCCAGAAGAGGGUGUGGCCAGAGGCCUCCGGCAGGCCCACUAGGGGGCCUAGGAGCAUCGGGUUGUGUCCCUGGGAUGAACUUCCCGCCCGAAACGAAGAAUGGUGUGAUUUCGUGAUUUGUAAUAAAUUAGACCCUUUCCCAGCACAGAGCUCCUAAAACCCUUGGAAUUUCCGAAGUAGUAAGAUGACAAAGGUGUCUUCUGUUACUCGUAACAAGCCCCUUUCAACCACAUCUGACUUUGUUAAUUAAGGAAGUGAUUUUUGGAAAGCACCUAAGGUUGGGGGACUGGUUGCCAGGGGAACCUACCACGUGAUUAGAGAGGGUUGGAACUUUCAGCCCCGCCCCGCCCCGCCCCACCCCACCCCCACCCUGGACCUCCCGGGAGGGGAGAGGCACUGGAGGUUGAAUUAAUCACCAAUGACCAAUGGUUUCACUGCUGGUGCCUCCAUAGUGAAGCCUCCAUAAAAAAAACCCCAAUAGGACGGGGUUCAGGGAGCCUGGAGGUGCUGGCCUGGUGGUGUACCCAGAGGGGGCAUGGAGCUCCCACGCUCAUGCCUUGUCCCGUUCCUACUUUCAUCUGGCCGUUCCUGACUUGUGUCCUUUAUAAAAAAACCCGGCAAUCUAGCGAUUAAAAGGUUUCUCUUGA